AUCAACAAAAAGAAAAUUUGAACAAUUUAUUAAUUAAUUUAAUUUAUCUUUUUAUGUCAUUUGAUUUCUAGUUUCAACUCUUCAAUCCAACUUUCAUCUAGACAAGUUUCUCUUAUUGGUGUUUUGAAUGGCCAAGUUACUGUCUCCAGUGUACACAGAACCUCUCAAACUGCAUAACCCAUCACAGAAAUUUUGUUCCAGAAGCUCAUGGGGGAUGCUGCCAAAAACUUCAACCCACAUGAACUCUGUGACACACAAUGGCAAACGAAGAGGGUGUGGUAGGGUAAGAGUUGCUGCUGAGGAAAAAUCGUUUUUAACCAGUGACACUGUUGCAGAUGACUACUAUGCAGUUCUGGGUCUGCUUCCAGAUGCCACUCCUGCACAGAUCAAGAAGGCCUACUACAAUUGCAUGAAAGCUUGCCAUCCAGAUUUAAGUGGCAAUGAUCCUGAGACAACCAACUUCUGCACGUUCAUCAAUGAAGUGUAUGGGGUGCUCAGUGAUCCCAUUCAGCGCAUGAUUUAUGAUGAAAUUCAUGGGUAUUCUUUGACUUCCAUUAACCCUUUUCUGGAUCAGUCUAGUCCAAAGGAUCAUGUUUUUGUUGAUGAAUUCAGCUGCAUAGGCUGCAAAAAUUGUGCCAAUGUGGCCUGUGAUGUGUUUGGAAUAGAGGAAGAAUUUGGGAGAGCCAGAGUGUACAGCCAAUGCGGGAAACCUGACUUAGUUCAACAGGCUAUUGAUAGUUGCCCUGUUGACUGCAUUCAUUGGACAUCAGCUGCACAACUAUCGUUGCUUGAAGACGAAAUGCGCCGUGUCGAAAGAGUCAAUGUUGCCCUGAUGCUUUCAGGAAUGGGAUCAGCAUCAACUGAUGUUUUCAGAAUGGUAAGAAUAACUCUACUGG